AUGACGCUGAGGCCUCGUCAUUUGUCCGCAGUCUCCACCACCCUUCUCCGGCUGAUGGUUCAACGGUCUUUUGGAUGGGAACCAAUCCAUCCUCCGGUAACCGGAAAGUUGGAAAACAGGGAAGACGCAGGCCACUUGCUUGGAAGCGACGAUCAUGUGCGCAUCUACCAUCUCAUGAGUCUGAGAAUGUGUCCGGCAAUGCUACGCCGCUGCCAUCCCAAUGAGCAUUUUGAGCUGGAACUGUCAAGGAGCAGGGAGCUCCAAGACAGUUCAACGACUUCUGGAAAUACGUAA